GAAGCUAUCAUCAGAGGUCGACACCUCAUUCACAUUACUCACCUCCACGCGUCCCUCAAUCCCAUAUUUUUGUUUCCCAUUUUACCCCUCAAAACCUCCUUCUUUUCCCAUCACUGCCAUCCCCCCACUUCCCUUUUUUUAUACCCACACACGCCCCAAUUCUCCCAUUCACACUCACCAUAUUUUAUUCGCACACUCCAUUGUUCCUCUCUCUCUCUCACUCUCGCCGUUACAAAAAAGGAAAAGCAGAAAAAAAUGGCUGUCAGAUUUCCCGUCAUCUGCGUCCUCCUCACCCUGUCGGCCGCGGCCGGCGUUUCUGCGGCGCCCUCGGCGCCUGCGCCGGCGGUGGACUGCUCGAGCCUGGUGCUGAGCAUGGCGGACUGUCUGUCGUACGUGACGGCGGGAGGAACGGCGACGAAGCCGGAGGGGACGUGCUGCUCGGGUCUGAAGACGGUGCUGAAGACGGACGCGCAGUGCCUGUGUGAGACCUUCCGCAACAGCGCCCAGCUCGGAGUCACCCUCAACAUGACCAAGGCCUUGGCCCUUCCCGCCGCCUGCCACGUGUCCGCUCCUGCUGCUAGCAACUGUGCCGUGAGCACUGCCAUUGGUGCUGCCCCAGCUCAAUCUCCGGUGGCAGCCAUGUCACCAAGUGCUGUGGCAGGGGCCCCGACAGCUGGCAUAGGCACUACAGAGGGCGGUGCACCAGCUAUAGCGCCAGCCUCCGGCAACUCUGCCUCGUCUGCUUUGACAGUUUCAAUCGAGAUGCUUGUUUUUGGUACACUGGCUGCUCUGUUUUAUGGUAUAUUUUGAGACUUCGUGUGCUGUGGAUCGAUUUUUUUUUUUUGUCUUGAGAUCAGAGUUCGUUUCGGGGAUUCGAUGCUCGAUUUAGGUUUCUGUGUUUACUUUUCACUAGUAGUAUUUGAUAGGGUAUUUUGAAAUGGUGUGGGUACAUCUUGUUUAUCAUUUAUUUUAGUAUGGGGAGUUUUUAUUGUGCCUGACUUUGUUAUGGAUGUUCUGAUGAUAUGCUUUCUUUUGUUAAAUUUAUUUAUAUUUAUAUUUAGUUACUUUUCUCCUAAAGUGUGAUGGUUGGUACUCGUUUUCUAUGUUAUGUCCAAUUUUUUGGGGGGCAACAUAUUGUGAUUCAGG